UCAGAGCUAUGGCGCAUGCGUAAGUUUAUUCGUACCUCAAGAUGGCGGCCGCUAGUUGCACCAUGCUGCUGAGCAGGACCAUCGGCGAUUUAGUGGUCCGCGCGGUAUUUAGGAGACCUGUCUUUGACCAGAACUUACCCAGAACUUCCCUCCUGAAGGCUGGACCAUUGCCAUUCCGUCUUUACAGCACUGAAACCAGCCCAGAUGAACCCACAGAACCGGUUGCUGAUGACACUGAGUCACGUUUUAAAGAGAAGCCAUGGGAGUACUUGGAGAGUGAAGAAUACAUAGAAAGAUAUGGCAACAAUCCUGUCUGGUUUGGCUAUAGGCGAAAUCACAAGGGUCAGAUUCCACCACAGAAGACCAGAAAAACUUGCAUUAGAAGAUCGCAUGUGUGUGGGAAUCCCUGCCCAAUCUGCAGAGACCAAAACCUCUUAUUGGAUUAUAGAAAUGUGAAACUUCUGGAACAGUUCAUCUGCCCCCAUACGGGCAUCAUCUAUCAUCCAACGCGCACAGGUGUCUGUAUGAAGAAGUAUAAGCAUCUGACCACAGCCAUUGAGCAGGCUAGAGACAUUGGCCUUUUAUCCGUCGCCAUCUCCUUCACCAGUUUCCAAAGUGAGGAUCACAGCAACCAGCAUCCAGCUGUCACCAAGACCCCUCCAUCUCCAGCUCUACAGAGCCAGUCGGCAUGGUAUGAGUGGUACGACUGGCAUCAGCCCCCAGAGAAGGACAUUAAACGGAUCAGGAGGAUUUACAAGGACUACCUGAAGGAAGAAAGCAAGCAGCCCUCCAUGAAUCAGGCAGACAGCAACAGUUAGAAUCGAACAAUUCCACUUGGCAGUUGUUCUCGAAAAGCCUCUGAAGGGCAAACCAGCUGUGACUUUGGCUACCUUUCCCCCUCCCUCUCAUCUUGCAGCCAAUAAAGCCCUUAUCAGUGA